GGCACCAGGACAAUGAAGACGCAUCUGUGUUUCAUCUUGCUGGCUGCCGGCGUCUGGGCUGCUCCCCACACCAGCAGCGCAGCCGAAUUACUCACCCUGCUAGAACGAAUUUAUGACUCGGUGACAGCGGACAUGCAGAAUCUGAGGAUUGAGACUCCACUUCAUACAGAUAAUGCAAAUUGCGUGAACAAAAUCUUCGAAGGAACGGAGCUGUUGAAAAAUCAGCUGGAUAUGAAAAAAUUUGGGGCUUUUUUCCAAAAAUUUGAGAGACUGAAGCAAUCGCUCACGCUACGCCCAGGAAAAGAGGAGGAAUGCGAUACAGAAAGAAAGACCCCCAAAAAUUUCAUAGAAAAACUGAAAACGUUCAUCCGAAAGUCAUCGAAAAACCGAAGAGCAUGAAGUUGUUAGUUUCUAGGAUUGCUGUAAAUUUAAGCAAGCGGUAAAAUGCGUUUUUGUUUUAGAAGUACUCUUUGCGCUAACAGCGAGAAGGACACGUCUCCAGCUCCAGCGGCUCUGCAUUCGCUCGCGCCGGGAAUGCGAUCUCUGAAGUUAUCGAUGGCAAAAUGUCACUCACAUUUUCGGAUGAAAGUUUAAAUGCUCGAAAAGGCAAAAAGUCCGGAGUAUUAUGCAAGUACCUGACUACUCAGAAAACCUUUUAGUCUGACGUGGGAAGCUCGAGCUUAGAUGCGCUGCAGCUCGUUGCAGAACAGUCACAACAGGAGUGAGCGCGAACGCCUGCAGCGAGAAGAGCGGGCGGUGCCGCUGCCCUCGUUAUCUCCCCGCGGCACCGUGCCGCGGCCUUAAGUAGCGCGUGAUGCAGGGAGAUCUGCUAGGACUGGGUUUCCCUCGCUGGUGUUUUCAGGCCCAUCGUCGCGGAGGGACGGUCUCGGGAAGGUGCCGCGUGCCCUCGCGCGACGGCGCUGGGAAUCGCUAACCUUUCGGGUUGCGGGUCAGGUCUC